AAUGGCCGAGUCUAUAGUAACGUUUCAGUCGCAACUUUCCGGUGUAAUGGAAACGGUCUUCAAGGCUGCCAUGUAUGAGAUCACCCGGCUGGUGGAGGAUAGUUUUUUAGAGGAAGUAACAAGGUGCAGGGAGCAGGUCGAGUCCCUGAAGAGGCGGCUGAAGUGGUCGGAGAAUCGACGCAAGGAAAGAGAGGGAGACAGGAGGGGGAGGUGCAUUGACUGCGGGAGAGUCGGGGUCUCCAGUGAGGAAAAAUCCAGAGCUACAGAGAAAAGUCUGAAGCAAGAGAGAGUGCAGCAAGAAGAGAUAAACAGCUCCCAGGGCACUGAUGAAGAGACACCUGAUCAUGAAGUGGAAGAGGCAAAACCAGAGGCCCACAGUGCCAUGAGAGCAACACAGUCUCCAGGUGUACAAGGUGAAAAGUUCAAUAGACUGCUCAAGGACGAAGGCCUUCGCAUCACACCAGAAACCAAUGAGUCUCAAGAGAGAUGGGGAGUCAGGUUGGAUGAAACAGACACAUCAGGUCUGCCAGGGCCCAGUAAACGUUUCAGUGACCAGAAGAUUCCAAAGUGCCAAGUGAAUUGGGAAGCUGGCUUUGACCAGAGGCCAGAACCAGGCCAACACUCAGGUGAUCCAUCUGAACCACUUUUCCAGAGCAGGUAUGGCAUGGAAGACUUGGGUGACUUUGAUAAGACUGGCUACGGCGAUGCCAGUAUGAUAGAAAUGGGUAAUUUAGAUGGGUUACAAGGGUCACCAUCUCACCUGGGCGAAGAUCUGAGUUACAUGGGGCACUAUGAGGGGGAUGUGGAAGCACCUGAAGGAGCUGAGCAUCAUGCAUACCAAACAGGUACCUCACGGAAUAGAACGGGUCCAGUUGGUUCACCUGCAGGCUCACCCUCAAGGACUAACAUUGACGUAAGUGGAGAGUUUAGCUGUUUAUUGAUUAAUGAAGAAGGGUAUCUACAGGACCCGAGUAUCUUGUACCCUGAACAUGUGUCUGGUGACUCAGGCAGUAGAUUGGGCUUCCGGGGCCAAGGCAUUCGAAUUGAUCCAACUUUAGACAACACAGAGAAUAUGUAUGGGACCUCAAAUGCAUACAGUGAUACCUUAAACCUGGGAGAGAGGUUGCAGCACCAGGCAGCAGGGAGAGGAGGGAGGAGACACAUUUGUAAUCAAUGCGCCAUGUCAUUCCCUGAUUCUGCCUCUCUCAAGGCUCACAAGCACACACAUAAAGGCAACGGACAAGGGCCACCAUACUCCUGCACCCAAUGUGGAAAGACUUUUACUCAAGCCUGUAACCUCAAAGUCCACCAGAGGAUUCAUUCUGGACAGGGGCUCCACCUCUGCAGCCAUUGUGGAAAAGGUUUCCCUUCUUUCUCUGAUCUAAAGACACAUAAAUGUGGCCAAACAGGUGACAAACCUUACUGCUGCACUGUAUGUGGGAAUAAGUUCAGCCGUCUCUGGAAUCUGAAGUUGCACCGGAGAAUUCACACACAGGAAAAACCUCAUCGGUGCACCAUGUGUGAUAAGAGCUUCACACGGGCGGACAUAUUGAAAGUUCACCAGCGUACCCACACAGGGGAAAGACCAUACUGCUGUGCUGUUUGUGGCCUCAGCUUUAAACGCCUGGAUCACCUGAAAUCACAUCAGCGCAAACACAUGACAGACCUAUAAAAUGAGGAGAGUUUGGGAAAAGAGUAUCAUAUAUUUUAAGAUUUUUUGUGGUAUUGGGACAUUUAAAAAUUUGUGUUUUUUUUUUUUUUUGUAAGUCAUGGUUAUUUUUCAACAUUGUAGCAGCCCAAAGUCAUGUUUUACAGUGAAAUUUGUAUUUUUUCUUCUCUUUAAGUCCACGAUCACUGGUUUUCAUUCAAAAACUUUUUGUUGGUAUGGAAAAUGUAAGGCAAAAUAAUAUCAAAUAUCCAUUUAUUGCUGUAAAAGACUCACUCUAAGUAAACUUGGCUAUAAAUGCUGAGAAACAUUGUGCUUGUGAUUACAUCACAAAUUCAAAAUGAAGCUAAAAAUGCAUUAUUGCUGUUUUUUCCUACCAUGUCUGUAAAUGUUUUCUGUAAAUAAAACAAAUGAGGCCACA